AUGCCAAAAGAGUCUGAGGUGAAGAAUGCAGUCGCUUUCUACAAUCCUGAUGAGGAUGAGUUAUCGACAUCAGAAGCUGAUGGAACAGCCGGCCAAGCGAUUUCCCCACCGCGACCACUUCAUCUCAAUAUGAAUAUGAGCAAAAAUGACACAGUGGAACAGCUAAAGAAAUGCACAUUACGUCAAGUCGACAGCGAGAUCUUCGACAAUGACUCAUUCACUCGAUAUGCUCAAAGCCCAGGCGGAUCAAACCACGCCGUCUCGCAACCCUUUGAAAUGUCCGGUGUUCCCAUUGAAAGUCUUGAGAGUCGAAAUCAUCUCGUGAAAGAACUCUCGAAUCGACACCAAAAAACGCGUCGCUUCUCGGCACAUGCUCGUCUCGAGAACUCAGGUGGAGGAGAGAUCGCGAAUGGAGCAGGGAUUGGAGUGGCGGUGGGAGGAGGCAGUGGAGGGACACUCUCCGCCGCACUCUCACCCCUUUCCCCAAAUGGAUUCCCCAUCGAUGAGCUUAUGCCUAGAUCGAAAUCCCCACAAUUGAUUGAGAUGCACACUUUUCGUGACGCUAUCGACGUGAAUUACCAGAGAAUGGCGAUCACUGGAGAGGAGUUCUCUGGGGUUCCCCUUGAAGAUCACGCAACCGCAGCAAAAUGUAUAACGACGGCAUUAGACAUUCGUGAGCAAUACAUGAAACGAAUUGGUCAUCAUUUCCCGUCAACUGUCUCGAAUUUCCUUCACGGAGAAUACCCAAUGAAUCUGCCAAAGUGCCGAAAGAAGAACACCGAGUCGACUGCCAACACUUCUUUCAAUCCACCCGACCCACCAACGGAUCAUUGGGGAUUGUACACACCGUUGCCCGAAUAUCAAGAGAAAUACGAGCUGAGAAGGGAAAAUGGAGUGACACACUUUUACAAAUCCGAUGGCACACGGGAUCCCCAAUUCGAUGAAUACUACGUGAGCCAAGGAAAAUUCUUGGAUGACACUGAUCAAUUGACAUCAAUGAUUGUUGAUGGACCACUAAAAUCGUUCUGCUAUCGUCGAUUGUGCUAUUUGGAGAACAAGUUCGUACUUCACGUAUUGCUGAAUGAAUUGCGUGAAUUACAUGAACAGAAAUGCGUAUCGCAUAGAGAUUUCUACAAUAUAAGAAAGGUUGACACUCACAUACACGCGGCGUCAUCGAUGAAUCAAAAGCAUUUGUUGCGUUUCCUCAAGAAGAAGAUCAAGACUGAAAAGAAUACGGUUGUUUUAAUGGAGCAAGGCAAGCCAAUCACAAUGCAAACAGUGUUCGAACAAAUGGGCAUUGAGGCUUAUGAUCUCUCCGUGGACAUGCUCGAUGUGCACGCCGACAGAAACACUUUCCAUCGUUUCGACAAAUUCAAUGCAAAGUACAACCCAGUUGGCGAGUCUCGCCUUAGAGAGAUUUUCAUCAAAACCGAUAACCACGUUGGUGGAAAGUAUUUUGCUGAGCUGAUCAAGGAAGUACUCUCUGACCUUGAGGAGUCAAAGUAUCAACAUGCGGAGCCUCGUCUUUCGAUUUAUGGCCGAUCAAGGGAUGAAUGGGACAAAUUGGCGCACUGGGCAAUCACGCACGAUGUUUGGAGCACGAAUGCGAGAUGGUUGAUCCAGAUUCCGAGACUUUAUGACAUCUACCGGACGAAAAACAUGAAAAACUUUGGAGAACUCUUGGACAAUCUCUUCUUGCCGUUAUUUGAGGUCUCAAACGAUCCGUCAUCUCAUCCCGAUCUUCAUCGUUUCCUUCUAACUGUCUCCGGCAUCGAUUCAGUUGAUGACGAAAGUAAACACGAAUUUGUGCAGUUCGAUCGUUCAACUCCGGUCCCUGAAAAGUACACCGACAAGGAGAAUCCUCCUUACAAUUACUAUCUUUACUACAUGUAUGCGAAUAUCUCGUUGCUAAAUGCGUUCAGAAGAUCUCGUGGCUUAAACACAUUUGUUUUGCGUCCCCAUUGUGGAGAAGCUGGUCAUGUCAAUCAUUUGGUCACUGGAUUUUUAACCUCAGAGAGUAUCUCACAUGGAUUAAUGCUGAAAAAGGUGCCCGUUCUCCAAUACCUAUACUAUUUGACUCAAAUGGGCAUCGCCAUGUCGCCGCUCUCGAACAACUCGCUUUUCGUUAGCUAUCAGAAAAAUCCGAUGCACGAGUUUAUGCAGAAAGGUUUAAAUGUUUCCCUUUCCACUGACGAUCCCCUUCAAUUCCACUACACAAAAGAAGCGCUCAUGGAAGAGUAUUCGAUUGCGGCACAGGUAUGGAAGCUCUCCUCUUGUGACAUGUGCGAGUUGGCGAGGAACUCGGUGCUACAGAGUGGAUUCGAGGACAAGGUGAAAAUCCAUUGGCUUGGGCCGAAUUUUAAAGAGGAAGGAGUGCUGGGAAAUGACAUUCAUCGCACAAAUGUGCCCGAUAUUCGUGUCUCUUUCCGUCACGAGGCUCUCGUCGACGAGUUGACGAAUAUUUUCCGGGGAAAGAUGUUCGGUUUU